UCAAAAAGCCAAGGAAAGAAAAGCCAUUCGGGGUCCACGUGUACAAACAGCGGGAGAUCGUCGUUGUGCACCCCGUCGUGCCGGACGGUCAGAGAUUAAUUCUUCCGGCCAUGACAUCACCAGAGGAUCCACUCGUUGCAGCGCUUACAAGAGUCUUUUUCCCUUCUCUCUCUCUCUCUCCCCCCACAACUCCCAUGGCCGGACCCCAUUGGACCUCUCCCCAAGUGUGAAGCUAUGAAGCCCAAACAGGAAAUGUAUGCCCGAGCGAGAAUUGGUCAUGCUAACCAGUGAUUUCUUUGAAACCAAGAUGAUCACGAGAGACAUUAUUAACCUGUGACUUCUUCUUCGAAGACACCAUGCACAGAGACAGAGAGAAAGCCAGAGAGAGAGCGAGGGUGAGAGAGUUGGUUGAGGAGAGAGCAAUUAAUUCUUCUUUCAUGGCUUUAGGCCUCUGCCUCGAUUACCGUUGAACCUGUUACAUUCUGUCAGGCCCUGAGUCAGUAGCGAGAGAGAGAGAGAGAUUCCGCCAUGAAAGCACCUGUCGAGUUCUUCACCCUUCUAGUCGUGGCUAUUUCGAUCUUUUACCCUGUCUUCUCUGCCAUUUUAGUUGAUUAUUCAGGUGACCACCGACUCAGGAGGAUACUGCACCACCCCCUGUUCCCUGCUGACCCCCCUUCUCCGCCUGCCCACACACCUCUCCCUCCAACUCCGACCAUCGCUGCCCAGAACCCACAGUUUUUCCCUCACACGCCUCCGGGACCGCCACCGAACCAGACCCAGACCCUCUCCCCUGCCGCCAAUGCCUCUGACCAGAACCGGACCGACAUGUCCGAUCAGAGGAAGAUAAAGCCUGCUGGGAAGGUCUUCAUUGCGGCUUCAGUCUCAAUUGUGGCGCUGGGCAGUCUGAUCGCAUUGACUUGUUUCCUUUAUUAUCGCCGGAGACGGAAUUCGGCUGAAUCAGAGAAGUUGGUCGGACAGGGAGCUGCAGUCAGGCAUGUCUCCGGCGAAACUAACCGGAUUCGACGACCUUCAAUGUCCGCAGCAUCGCGUUUCCUCUACAUUGGAACGGUGGAGCCAUCAAAAAGCAGAAGCGGGGAGAUAAAAGAUUCACCUUAUCACAGAUUGAAUGAGAGCCACGUAAGGCUUGGUUUGCACCAGCCAAGCCCGGAGCUUCAGCCGCUUCCACCACUUUCAGGACCGCCACAGUGGAGUCCUUCGGCGACCAUGUCCCCUGAUGAGGAGGAUUCCUACUACAGCGCUAAAGCAUCGCUAACCGGGAGCAAUUGGAGCCCUGGCAGACUGGCUUUGCAGCAGAGAUUUCCUACCUCCACCACCACCACCACCACCACCACCACCACGACGACCACCACCAACAGGAGCAGCACAAACACGAAUAGCAGCAUCAACACCAUCAUAAGCAGGGACAGAGCUAUGGUGCACAGCAGAGAUGGUAGACUUUCAGCAGAACGGUGCCCCACUGAAAGCCGAGAUACCGCUCCUAGGAUCAGCAUUGCGUCAUCGCCAAUGUUGCAGCCAAUGACUGUCACGGACCUGCUACCCUCUCCUCAACAUGAUAUGCCAUCACCGGCCAUUUUUUCUCCGCCUCUCUCUUCUGCGGCAAGCUCGCCACUUCCCCUUCCAAUUCCUGCAUUUCCGUCAACAUUGUCCGAGAAAUCCGGCCUUCCGACAUCACCGCCACCAGCUCCACUCGUGUCGCCAUCACAAACACAACUGCCGGUGCCACCACCAAUAUCUCGUCAGCAGCAGCCGCCGCCACCACCGCCACCGCCACCACGGCCAUCACAACCACCGCCGUCGCCACCACCACGGCGGCCAACGCAAACACCACUGCCACUGCCGCCGCGGCCACUGUUGCAGCCGCAGCACCUAAUACUCAACAAGGAUAGGCUGCCGAAAUCAUGCCCUCCACCCAUGGCUGCUCACUUUCGGAAUCAAGUUCUCUUUCCGGAGCCUAGCAGCCCAAAGAAUCAGAAUACUGAUUCCAUGGGCCAAGCACCUGCGGUAAAUGACAACAAAGAGGCGUUUCCGGAGCAGUUAACUGACACAGAAGGUGCUAAUUCAAGGCCCAGACUGAGGCCUCUGCAUUGGGACAAAGUCCGAGCUAGUUCAGAUCGUGCGAUGGUCUGGGACAGACUGAAAUCAAGCUCUUUCACACUGGACGAAGAUAUGAUUGAGACUUUAUUCAUAUGUAAACCUUCAAAUUCCUCCCAGAAGGAAUCACUAAAGAAAGUUGUGCCUCCUACCGAAAGGGAGACCAGAGUACUUGACCCAAAGAAAUCCCAAAACAUAGCCAUACUUUUAAGAGCACUGAAUGUCACAAGAGAUGAAGUGUUUGAAGCACUCGUAGAAGGUAAUCCUGAAGGUUUAGGUGUGGAGCUUCUGGAAACUUUGUUAAGGAUGGCCCCAACAAAGGAGGAAGAACUACGACUUAAGGAAUAUAGUGGAGAUAUGUCAAAACUUGGCCCAGCAGAGCGGUUUCUCAAGGCCAUCUUGGAUAUCCCAUUUGCCUUCAAAAGGAUUGAUGCAUUGCUUUAUGUAGCCAACUUUGAAUCGGAAAUGAAAUACCUGAGACAAUCCUUUGAGACCCUGGAGGCCGCAUGCGAGGAACUGAGAAGCAGCCGACUAUUCCUCAGACUGCUUGAAGCUGUACUUAAAACGGGAAAUAGGAUGAACACUGGGACAAGCCGAGGUGGUGCUGAAGCAUUCAAGCUCGACACACUUUUGAAGUUAAUUGAUAUCAAAGGAACAGAUGGCAAAACAACGCUACUCCAUUUUGUUGUUCAAGAGAUCAUCCGAUCAGAAGGUCAAACAGUUUAUAACAAUGAAAAGCACCAGCAAUCUGAUCUUAAGGUUGAAAAUACCCUCAUUAAAGUACGCUCAUGUGUGAUUGAGGACAACCUCAAGAAGACAGGUUUGCGAGUUGUUUCUGGACUAAGCAAUGAACUCAGUCAUGUGAAGAAGGCAGCUGGGAUGGAUUCAGAUGUCCUAAGCAGCUACUUGUCCAAGCUUGCUGCAGGAUUGGAAAAGGUAAAGUCAGUCAUGCAACUGGAGGAUUCACAAAGAAACAGAGAAAUCUACAACAGGAAAUUUUGUGAGUCAGUGAAGCAAUUUGUUGAUAAAGCUGAGAUGGAGAUUCUUAGAGUGAAAGCUGAGGAAAGUGUGGCACUGUCAUUGGUCAAAGAGAUGACAGAGUACUUUCAUGGUGAUGCAGCAAAGGAGGAAGCUCAUCCUUUCAGGAUAUUUAUGAUAGUAAGCGAUUUCCUUUCCCUUUUGGAUAAAGUUUGUAAAGAGGUAGGGAUGAUGCAGGAGAGAGCAAUCAUGGGUUCAGCUAGGACCUUUCUGAUUUCAGAAGCAGCUUCCUUACCAGCCUUCCUGAGAUUUCAAAGGACUGGUAGUUCAGACGAUGAAAGUUCAGCACCAUAGGCUUAUGCUCAGCAAUCCACUCAAUUAGAGCAACCACACAAUGCUUAUUUUGUCCGAGCAUUUUAAAUUCCACUCCAACAUUUCAAAUCGGAAGAUUGCAUGUUAAAGAAAUUAUUUUUGUUUGAUGGAAAAAUCCUGACAUCAAUGAAGACUCAGAGAAUCAAACUAACAAUGGUUGUCAAGGUAUCCACAAGACUGCAGCUCCUAUGGCGACACAAGGGAGUGGAAUUUUUCUGGUGCAAUUCUAUAUAAAAAAUCCAAUGAUGUGUAACAGAGAGAAGGCGCCUUGAAGAAGGUCCUUGUUGUCCAUAGCCUAUCCACUACCAAUGGAACGGAACAUUCUGCGUUACGUUUCAAUAUCUCAUGCUGCUAAAAGGUAACACUUCUGAUGAGAAUCCGUUGGGAAGCAAAAAUAUGAGCUUUCUCUUCUUUAUAGUGAGCUGUAUAAAGUCCACGUUUUUUUUCGCAUGGAUAAAUAAUAUUCAUUCUUUUUCUUUUCUUAA